UGUGAAUGGCUACUAUUUUUCCUCCAGUUAAAAAAUAAAUUGUGUGCAUCGUUAUUCAAUUUUGGAUUAGUGGAGAUGACUUUUAUUAUUGAAGUCUUCGUACCGGAAGUGUUAUGUUGUUUUGUUGCCGCAAUCUAACGAGCGUUAACGCAGAAUUAGCCGUUUAGCCUGUUAGUAAACCGUCUUGAUGGUUUCACUCCGUUUAUUACACGUCUGUGUGUUUUAUUGAAGUUUUCUUUUCGAACUGCUAGUAAUGACAAACAAGGAAGACGGAAGUCGCCCGUUUUAUAUCUGUAGCUGUUUCACCACCGAUAAUAUUUUCCUGCAGGACUACAAACUCCAUGUCCGCUUUUCAUCCGAGCAGCAGUUCAGACUGGACUACCAACCAGUGAGUCUACUUCGGAGGCUGGGCUGCGUGACGGAGCAACAGUUUGAGGAUGUGCUCGACAAGAUUUCACAGGAAGUGGACAGGCGGAGGCGUCUAAGUGAGACUUCUGCUGAGAGAGCCGUUGCUAUUAAAGACAUGUACCAGCCUCUCCAUCCUCAUGUCUACCAUCUGCAGGAGUCCUUCCUCGCACCAAAGUUCAAGCAGAUUGUUGAGUAUUGUCGAAGCAGCAACAUCAGUGAAGAAGGUCUCGGAGACAUGUUGGAGGAAGAGGCAGCUGCGAAGGUUUAUCGCUUCCCCUUGUUUGAGAAAGGCUUCUGUGAGGAGCUGGUGGAGGAGCUGGAGCACUUUGAGCAGUCCUCCGCCCCUAAAGGAAGACCCAACACCAUGAACCAUUAUGGGAUCCUCCUGAAUGAACUGGGUUUUGACGAGUGCUUCCUCACACCCCUCCGUGAGCUGUACCUGCAUCCGCUCACCUCCCUGCUGUACCCGGACUGUGGGGGGCGCUGUCUGGACAGCCACAAGGCCUUUGUUGUUAAAUAUGACAUGAAUGAAGACCUGGACCUGAGCUACCAUUACGACAAUGCAGAGGUCACCCUUAAUGUUUCCCUGGGCAAGGACUUCACUGAGGGCAACCUUUAUUUUGGUGAUAUGAGACAGGUACCUUUAAGUGAGAUGGAGUGUUCAGAGGUUCAACACAGGGUGACCGAGGGCCUCCUCCACCGGGGCCAACACAUGCACGGGGCCCUGCCCAUCGCCUCCGGCCAGCGCUGGAACCUCAUCGUCUGGAUGAGAGCCUCACAGGAACGCAACAAACUGUGCCCCAUGUGCAACAGGAGGCCGACACUGGUGGAAGGGGAGGGCUUUGCUGACGGGUUCACCACACACUCUGAUGCUCCGCUGAAAACUUCAUGUGUGAUGACGUGACACUGCUAUCAGCUUUUAAUAAAGCCGCUGUGGGAUUUUCAAAUUUGGCCCUAUGAAAUUUCAAAUGAUUUCGGAAAUUAUUUAAGAUUGUCAUUGUUGUAGAAUUAAUCAAGACUACACUAAAGGGAAAUGACAUUAUUCUAAUGUAACAUUUUGACUGUAUUCCAUAUUGGAAUAAUAUUCAUAUUUAUUAUUUGUACCAUUAUUAACAGUAAUUGUACUAAAAUUCUGUGUUUCGAACGUGUGGUGUAGAGUCCUAUUUUGUGACUUUAUUGUCUCAAAUAUGAUUCCAAUAUUAUCAAACAGUGUGAUUGUACUAUAUUUUGUGCUAAAUAAUAAAAAAUGAGGGAUACACCACUCUGAAUAUA